AUGGAUGUGGAGAAAUUAAUAAGCCUGGUUAACGAUAGAAAACCUUUGUGGGAUAUGACCGAUAAAACAUAUCACAUGAGGGAUAUACAAAGAAAAUUGUGGCAAGAAGUAGCUGUUGAAAUAAGUGCUAAUAGAAAAGGCAUUCCUCCAGAACAUCAUGCUAACCGAUUAAUACCAGUGGAUUCCCAAAUGGCUUUGACAGAUGAACAAUCUUCCCAAGUUUCGCACUAUUCAACUGAACGCAGAGACAUCUCCUCUCAACAGUCGUUGUCUAUUCAAAACUUGUUUGCUGAAUUCUCACAAUGA